AUGAAGCAGCCGUACUGGGGGGCAUUGUCAACCCGGAUCCAAGAACUCGGUAUCGACGCGACCUUCGUCUCCCCAGACAAAGCAGAAGAGCAGCUCCCGCCGCUGGCACAGCUGUUCCGAAAACUGGACCUUGAACCUCACCAGAAGGAAAAUAUGUGUAGUGCGGUUGCCGCACUUCGAAUUGCUCUCUCCAACAUUCGCCCUGAGGCCGAUGCAUACUCCUUACUUCCUCAUUUGAGAGAUGUCAAGUGGCCCGGUCGCUUGGAACUUAUUUCUCUUCAGCCUCUUGUACUUCGCGAACAGCAAGUGCUGCUUGAUGGUGCUCAUAACCCACAAUCGGCCGAUGUCUUGGGCCGAUACGUUGACCGCAAACUGCGCGCAGAAGCCGAGGGUGGGGUGACCUGGGUGAUUGCAGCGUCGAGUGGGAAAGACCUUGCUGGUGUCUUCCGCUCGAUAAUUCGACCAGGAGACAGUGUUGCAACAGCGGAUUAUACAGGCCAUCCCGAGAUCGGGCAGGUGAAGAGCUUUGAAGGAGAUUUGCUGCCUGCGCUUGAGUGGGCCAGCGCAAUCUCUCAAGGCCGACCGCUUGUCAUUGCCGGCAGCCUGUACCUGGUUUCUGAUGUGCACCGUUUGCUCCGUGAUUCGCGCCAAUGA